AUGUCACGAAAUAAAGAAAAAGCUCAAUCGAGUUUAAAUAGAUUUUAUCAAUCACAAUCAUCAUCAGUAUCAAUCAAUUAUCAUUAUCAUCAACGACCGAAAAACAUCCAUUCAGUCACCCAAUUAUCACAAGCUGAAGGUUGGCGACGAUCAAUAAUUGGAGAAAUUUCUAAUAAAUUGACAGAAAUCAAUGAUUUUGAAAUACUAGAUGAUAAAAUCCGGGAAAUAAAUGAUCAAUUGAAUGAAUUAUUUAAUGAAAAAAGACGAUGGGAAUACCACAUACGAGAUAAAUUACAUGGGAAUGAUUAUAUUCGACAUACUGGUAAGACAGGUAAUGAUUUGAUUAAUACUGGUAUUCGAGUGAAUAAUCUGGAUAAAGGGAAAUAUUAUCGAUAUUUUGGUCGAGCUAAAGAAUUAUCAGAAGUGAAAUCGUUGAUUGAAGAGAAUAAGAAGAAUCGGAAAACCCAUAAACAUAAUGAUAAUGAUGACAUGGAUCGAGGUAAAAGACGAAGGAAAGUAGGUCAAUCUAAGAGUUCUGACAAUUUGAUAGAGAUGAACUAUUAUGGGUUUUAUGAUGAAGAAGAGGAAAAAUAUUCAGAUGAAGAUACGGUUCAACUAGUCAAUCCAUUAGUAUCCUAUGAAGAGAAGAGAUGCAAGGAAUUGAACGAUACUGAAAUACAACAAGAAGAGCUUGAAAAACUGCAACAAAUACAAAUGAGUUUUAUUGAUAUUCCUACAAAUGAAAUUGUGACUAAAUGGUUAGUAAACAAACGACGUGAACAAUUAUUAAACAAAUUUCGUUAA